AAUGUCCAGAGAGGACCCAGCACCUCUGGUGAUAACUGGGACUCUAGGAGGGUCUGUCACUCUGCCCCUGCAUGUGCUGCCAGAACAGCAGGUAGAGAGCAUCUCCUGGAUGUCCCGUUCAGUCCCUGGGGCAAUUGCCACAGUCACCAUAGUAGAAGGUGGAGGGCGAGACACCUUUUACCAGGCGGAGAGCCGGUACUGGGGCCGCAUGAAUGUGGUGGGUCCAGGCCACUCCCUGCAGAUCGGCAAUCUGAGCCAAGAGGAUGCAGGGUACUACCGGGCCCACAUUAACCUGAGGACUUCUCUUAUCACUCAUAUCCAGGAGUACCAGCUGCAAGUCUUUGAAAAGCUGGUCCCACCCCGCAUCACACUGAGCUCCAGGAUUGGUGAUAAUGGAAACUGCAUCAUCAUCCUGACAUGUGUGGCCGAAAGCGGAGGAGACACUGUGGCCUACAGCUGGACACCACUGGGUCCCCGGACUGUGAUAUCCCAUGGAGGGUCUGUCCUCAGUGUUUCCUUGAGGCCAGAGGACAGUGCUCUGACCUUUACCUGCAUAAUCAAGAACCCAGUCAGCAACAGCAGCUCCCACCUGGUCUCAGUGCCACACAUUUGUACAGGGUCAGGAAUCCUGGGAGAAGUCACAGUGGGAAAGGUAGUGAUUGGCACCCUUGGGGAGUCAGUCAUUCUGCCCCUGGAGGUCCCAGUGGAGCAGGAGAUAGAAAGUGUCACAUGGAGCUCCAAAGGGCUUAUUGCUGUUUUGCAACCCGGACCAGCUGGCAAGCCAGUCCUGGUUUCUGAGAUUCAGGGACCAUACAGUGGACGACUGAGCAACCCUCAUUAUGAUUAUUCUCUUCAAAUUAGCCCCUUGGGGCUGAGGGACUCUGGCACUUAUAAAGCUUGCAUAAGUCUGCGUUCUCCCCUGACCAACAUCACCAAGGAUUUCACCCUGCAUGUCUACGGGAGGCUGAAGAAGCCCAAUAUCACUGUCCGCUCCCAGAUCAUGAGAAACAGGACCUGCUUCGUCACCUUGGCCUGCUUCGUGGAAGAAGCUGGAGAAGAUGUUCAGUACAGCUGGGACCCCCACGGCCAGGGGGAAGUUGUGUCCCAUGGAGGAACCACUCUCAGGGUCUCCUGGAGAUCUGGGGACAGUGGCAGCUACCGCUGCACUGCCAGGAAUCCAGUCAGCCAGAACUCUAGUUCUAUCCCCAUGAGGCCCCUCUGUUCAGCUUCCCUCCUAUCUUGUUCCCUGAGGAAAGAGUUUCUCCUCUUUUGGAUCCUGGGAGCUUUGAGGAUUGAGUGGAUUUGAAUUUGACACUGCAGAGGGCAAGAAGAAGAAUAGAAAGCAGGCAGUCAGCUGGAGGCAGAGAUUAAGAAUUCUGCACACGGAGCACAGGGGAUGCAGCCCCUUUCGAGGUGGGUGAGCGAGGGACUCUGAUAUUGACUGAAGGAUAAAAUCUAUUUUAUUUGCAAACUAAGUUCAAAAUUACCAACAAGCUGCUACGCCUCUAAUUGUUCAAAAUAAUCUGUUUAUGUUUUGUUUACGUGUGUUUUAAAAUGGUCAGAAAGAAAA